GUUAUAGUGAUUAGCAUAAACGGGAAUUCACAGUAAAGAUAAGUUUUUUAGUUACCAUUCUCAUAUUGUAUCAGAGUAAACUUUUUUGUCGAUUUCAACAUUAAUACAUCCAGUAAUUACUUUACAGCACUCGUCUUAAAAUGUAAAUAGUUAAAACGAAAGUAUUAUUGUGCAAAAUAAAACAGGCUAGGCUGUAAGUUUACCUACUUUGCGUGAUAGAUUUAGGCUAAUCUUUGAAAGUUAAGAUUCAAAUUUCGGUCGGAUCUACGUUAACUGAAAAAUGUCUUUCCUAAGAGGUUCCACCAACUACGUGUGGUGCACAACAAGUGUUCUUGGCAAAGGUGCUACAGGAGCUGUUUAUCAAGGAGUGAAUAAAAACAAUGGGGAACCAGUUGCUGUAAAAACGUUUAACCAAUUAAGUCAUAUGAGACCACAUGAUGUACAAGUUAGAGAAUUUGAUGUUUUGAAGAAAGUUAAACAUGAAAACAUUGUCAAAUUAUUGGCUAUUGAGGAGGAACAAGAGGGUAGAGGCAAGGUAAUAGUGAUGGAGCUCUGCACAGGAGGCAGUUUGUUCAAUAUACUCGAUGAUCCAGAGAAUACCUAUGGACUGCCAGAAGAAGAGUUCCUUCUUGUGCUUGAACACUUGUCAGCUGGAAUGAAGCAUUUGAGAGACAACAAUCUUGUGCAUCGAGAUUUAAAACCGGGUAAUAUCAUGAAAUUUAUUUCAGAUGACGGAAGAACAGUUUACAAACUAACUGAUUUUGGAGCAGCUAGAGAGCUAGAAGAAGAUCAGCAAUUCAUGUCUCUCUAUGGAACUGAAGAAUACUUGCAUCCUGAUAUGUAUGAAAAAGCAGUUCUAAGAAAACCAGCUGGAAAAACAUUUGGUGCAACAGUAGAUCUGUGGUCAUUUGGUGUAACUCUUUAUCAUGUUGCGACAGGCAACCUGCCAUUUAGGCCUUACGGAGGGAGGAGAAAUAAGGAAACCAUGUACUACAUUACAACUAAGAAAGCUUCAGGUGUUAUUGCUGGGACACAAACAUCUGAAGGCGGGCCGAUAGACUGGUGCAGAGACCUACCCACCAAUUGUCAACUAUCAAUGGGGUUAAAGAAACAUGUAACUCAACUGCUUGCUGGUCUACUUGAAGUAGAUUCACAGAGAAUUUGGAGUUUUGAGAGAUUUUUUACUGAAGUAACAAACAUCUUGAACAGAAAACUUAUUCAUAUCUACAAUGUAAACAAGGUUCAAAGUGUAAGAAUAUACUUCCACCCUGAAGAAACCUAUGAUGAGUUCCAAACACAAAUCCAAGAACAAACUGAUGUUCCGGUUGACAACCAAAUUUUGCUCUUUAAAGAUAGUCAUUUUUACGGCAUCGUCAAGAAAUCAACCCCAGGGAGAAUGUAUCCUCAAACUGAAGAAACAAAGCCUAUAUUUUUGUUCAGUAAAGAGAACAAUAAUGUCAUUUUUAACCCUGAGAAAGAACUCCCCAAGUUCCCCGAGUUCCCAAAUCAUGUUUCAGUAGAAAAUGAUGCCAGUAUUGCAAAAACAGCCUGUAGUGUAGGACAUGUAUGCAAGAGAAGAAUUGAAAAGUACUCUAAAUGUAGCCAAUUAACUCACGACUGUGUGCAAAUGUUUAAUACUGUUGUAUGCAAUGAACUCACUAAUGUGUUGAACAAAAACAAUUCUCUAAGGACAAAUGUUAACAAAAGCACUGAAAAAAUUGUUGAAUGUGUAAUGAGAGGACAAAAAUCAGUACAGAAUUUAACUGGAGUUAAAAACACUCACACUCAUGUUGAUUGGAAGAGACAGCUGGAAUCCUUGAACAAGAAACUCAUUGACGACCUCGGGCUGUCAAUACAACAGCUUCACACUCGCCAUGUGUCAGAGCAGGCAUUGAGUCAGGAGUGGUCUACGCUGGUGCGAGGACUGACCUGUCUGUCGCAGACUCGGGCGGCUGAGCGUGCUCGCACGUACAUCGAGCGGCUGCGGGAUUCUUGGCAACACCUGCUGAGAGAUAGAGCCACUCGAGGCCUCACCUAUAAUGACGAACAGUUCCAUGUUUUGGAGAGAAUAAAGAUUGGUGAAGUGGGGCGAGUUGUCAAAACUCUUUUGGAGUCAGAAGUGAUACCCUCUAUCACACAGCUUGCGGACAGCCUAGCAGACUGGUACAAGAUGUCACAGACUGUGUAUUUGAAGGCUCGCAUCCUGGACAAAGACGUGGACACUUUCCACACCAACUUAGACUCCUUCAUUGCAGGAGUGUUGGAAGCAGAUGUAAACUUUCACAGGAGUAUCGAGAACGCCAACCGAAUCCAGGAAGCGUCGCAGGUGAGGACGCAGGACUUGCGAUCCUUCCGGAGCUCCAUCAAAGACAUCCUGAGUCUUCAACAGGAGAUAUCCGCUACUAUGUGGGAGAACAAUGAACUCCUGAACCAGUUCAAUGAGUUGACAGCUCCUCUGAAAGAGUUGGACGAUGAACGCUAGCAGUCGCUGCUGCUGCAGUGGUACUACUUUGUCCUCCGAGGGCGAAGAACGUGAUAAGUCGACAGUGCUGUGAUUAGCGACAUUUUAUAUUUAAGACAAUUUAGUGUUUUUAUCUUCAUAACAAAGUGUAAAUAAUAUGUACAUCAAUGAUCAUACCACCCUCAUAUUCAACAUGAAAUUAUCAUAUUUUAUAACAUUCACCUGAUUAUAUUAGUGUUAAACUACCUAUUAUACAAUUUUAACUUUUUUGUUAGAUGCAUUUUUUUAACUAAAACACUUAAUUAUGAUUCAUUUUUGUAGCAUAUAAUGCUGUUCCUAUUUUAUUGUACUCAUUAGGUUAAUCUCAGUAUAUGGAAUCUUAGUUUAAGCUUUUUUUCCAUAUUUUGUACCUGUACUUGUGCUUUGAAAUUGAAUAAACAAGUAGAAUGAACAAUUAUGUUCUUUAGAAUCAGAUUAGGCAUAUUUAUUUUGAUUUUCAUAUAGCUGUUGUACAGCUUCUUGGAUAAAGCAGUUAGAUUUUUGAACACUAUUUCAUCAUAAGAUUGAUAAAAUGGGAGUCAAAUACUAUAGUACAAAGCAAUAAAAUGUUUAAAAUGUUUUGGCAGUUAUAACAGGAGAAUUUCACUUUUGCUAUUUUGGUUAUAUUGUUCAGAAUUUUAGUUUAUUUACUAUAACUAUCACUUUGUCAGGCAUUUAUUCUGUGCAUUAUAAAGAUUGCAUUUUACUAAAAUAUCUUGAAUUUCGACUUGCAUAUUCUUGCAAUUAUCUACUUCCUGAUUAGGUAUACUCUUUUAUGUCCAGUGUUUUAUUUUUUUUAGAACUUGAGUUAGUUUAUUAGAUCAAAAAGAGAUCAACACUUUUCAACAAUCAAGAACCAAACAGUACUGUAAUGGUAAUAUCCUAUGUGGGGCUUUCUAACCGUAAUGACUGUUGAAAAAAUAAAGUGAAAUUAAAUUAAAGACUUUAUCUAAGCAGGCAAAGUAAAGUCAGAGCCAAGUGACCCUUCCUAACAAUUUUGUGAAAUGGUUAAGACCUAUUUCUAGUAUCAACAUAAAAUUCUAAAUCUUUUGCUGACAUCUUCAUUGAUGACCUUCUAUUUUGCUGGUUGACUCACCCAAUAUACUGUGAGUUGAUAUAGGAGGCUUAUCUUUUGUUGAAGAUUUUGUACUUAACUGAUUAGAUAAAACUGGUUUCAAUAAGCUGCUAGGUGAUUGUAUUUUCCUUUUAUUUACUAAACUGUCAUUGAAAUAGAUAGCUGAAACAAACUAAUUACGCUGUAGUUGGUUGUCAAUUUUGUUGAAUAAUUAUUUAAAUAGACAUAUCAUUUUCCAUACAAAGUAUAUUUUGCUUUUCAUUCAUUAUUAUCCCCAAGUAGGUCCCUACUAUAGUUCGGCCGCUUAGAAAGCGACCUCCUCCAGCAUUGCUAGGUGAGAACAUUGGUUUAGCAUUAGCGCGCAGGUUGUUUUCUAAGCGGCCGAAAUAUAGUUUUGAACUUGUUAAACUUUAAAUUAAUUCUUGCUGUAUCCCAUAUUAUUUAGACCCUUAAACUCAUUUUUUGUCAAACUGCAGCAAAAACAGCUGUUUUUAAUGCAUGCGUUGUGAGUCUAAAGUAGCUCUUUUACUCCCUAGAUGGAGUAAAAAGCCUUUUUAGGUCCGAGGGAGUAAAAAUCAGCUGUUGUAAAGUUCAAUUGUAUCCAAUACAUAAUACAUUUGAAAAAUAUACUAUUAAAAUUAAUAAUAUUGAAAUUAUGUAUUGAUUGAUUUAAUCAGUUGUAGCUUAUUGUUGCAAUACUGUCAAUAGUUUGACAUGUCAAUAAUACAAUCUACACUAAGAAACACAAUUGUAAUAAACUAAAGGAUUGAAUCACUUAAUAAAAAUCUGCUAUUUAAAACAAGUUAAAAGUUGUUUUGAGAGGUUAUCUUUACAUGGAAAGUAUUCUCGUUUUCUAGCUUAGUUUAAAUAAUGUUGCAUUAUGACAAAAAUUAUAGUUCAUCACACGGGCAAAAAGUGUCUUUUUCAACCCUCGCUCAUUUUCCGACCUCAUUUUCUCGCCACGAUCGUUAAACUUGCGCUUGGGUAGGAAAGAGUCACUUUACGCCCUAGUGAUGACAUUACUUUUAUUACCCUACCAAUAUUUAAUUUUAGUCUUCCAUUUUUUUGUCAGUUAAAAAACUUUACCACUUUAGUGCAAAGCAUUUAAAAAAAAUAUCAGUGUUAUUAUUGCUAGUAUGAAUUAUAGUAUUUUUUUUAUCAUGAAGUAUUUUAUGUAUCUCAAAUGGUGUAAAAAAAUAGUUAUUCAAUUGUUUUUUUUAUUUCACAACUAGCGCUUACACAUUAGAUUCAGAUGUAGUUAAAAGUAUUUUGAUGCUCAAUGCGAUGUAAUUUACAAAUUUUGGCAAAUACUGUAUUUUUGUAUUGUAAAGUUAAGUAUAAAUAAUGUAUUGUAAUAUUAUAGGCAUUAUGUAUUUUAUACUCUCGUUGAAUCAGAAUAAAUUUUUGUGAAAUUU